AAAGGAAGAGGAGGCAAAAACAAGACGCAGGGAGGGAGGGAGCUAGGGAGGGCUGGUUAGUAGGCCGAUGCCCGGCGUGGUGGCCGCCCCGCGUCCGAUGGCCGCCAUGGAGCUCCCGGUGGAGCCGCAGUCGUCCGGCAUUAUCAGUUUCAAGUCCCUCAAGCGCGCUCUCGACCUAUUCUCCCCGAUCCAUGGCCAUCAUUCUCCUUCCGAUCCCGAGAGCAAGCGGAUUCGGAUCAGCUACAAGGUGCAAGCUGAAUAUGGAUCGGUAGCAAACUUGCCCGGUCAGCAGACUAGAGAGCAAAACUAUCCUGGUGGGCUGGGAAAAGGAGAUCAAGCUGCUUUGGCUCUUCCUGGCAGCCAAGAAGCCAAGGCUUCUCAAAAUGAUGGGAACCAAAAUGCAAUUGUUCCUGCACCUACCAUGCUACCAAAAGGACCUGAGAUUGGUACUGCAAGCAGAAAUACAGGGACUGUACUUUCUGUUACGGACAGAUAUCAGUCUACAUCUGCACUAAUGGAAAGGAUUCCAAGUAGAUGGCCUCGUCCCACAUGGCAUCCUCCUUGGAAGAAUUAUAGGGUUAUUAGUGGCCACUUGGGAUGGGUUCGGUCCAUUGCUUUUGAUCCCAGCAACUCAUGGUUCUGUACUGGUUCAGCAGACAGGACAAUAAAGAUAUGGGAUGUUGCAUCUGGAAGGUUAAAGCUAACACUGACAGGACAUAUUGAACAAAUACGCGGACUUGCCGUCAGUCAAAGGCACACUUAUUUGUUUUCUGCUGGAGAUGACAAACAAGUUAAAUGUUGGGACCUUGAACAAAAUAAGGUUAUUAGGUCUUAUCAUGGACAUCUGAGUGGUGUAUACUGCUUAGCUCUUCAUCCAACUAUUGAUGUUUUGUUAACAGGCGGACGGGAUUCUGUUUGCCGGGUCUGGGACAUUCGUACGAAGGCAAUGGUUAUGGCUCUCUCUGGCCAUGAUAACACUGUUUGUUCAGGUUUUGCCCGACCUACGGAUCCACAAGUUGUAACUGGCUCCCAUGACACUACUAUUAAGUUUUGGGAUCUUGUAGCUGGAAAAACAAUGACAACAGUUACACACCACAAGAAAUCUGUUCGUGCUAUGGCAUUGCAUCCAAAAGAGAGAGCAUUUGCAUCUGCAUCAGCAGACAAUAUAAAGAAGUUUAACCUUCCAAAAGGCGAAUUUCUUCACAAUAUGCUGUCCCAACAGAGAACAAUAAUAAAUUCAAUGGCAGUUAACGAAGAUGGUGUUUUGGCCACUGCUGGUGACAAUGGAAGCCUUUGGUUUUGGGAUUGGAAGAGCGGCCACAAUUUCCAGCAAGCCCAGACUAUUGUCCAGCCUGGGUCCCUUGACAGUGAAGCAUGCAUCUAUGCUCUUUCAUAUGAUAUAAGUGGUUCAAGACUUGUUACCUGCGAAGCAGACAAAACUAUCAAGAUGUGGAAAGAAGAUCAAAGUGCAACUCCGGAAACCCAUCCUCUCAACUUCAAGCCACCAAAAGAAUUCCGCAGGUACUAAUUUCGGCUCAAGUUGACCACCUCUCCGCAGCAGAUUUUAUAAGUUUACUACAGAAAUUCUUUCCACCGCCGGAGUUGUUUGCUGGGAACCAGAACAGGUAGAAUUUAAGUGGUUGUGCUAUUCAGAAACACUAAAACUAGUGAUACCAAACAUGAGUAUUGAUUUUCCAUCUUUGUGUAUUGGUAAGCACCGAAAUCUUGCCGAGAAGAAAGAAAAUAUAGAGAUGAAAGGUAACUUUUUCCACACAAUGUUGUUCAUGUGAUUGUCCUUUUUAGUUGUUUUCAUAAAUGGAAAUGUCACUGUCUAGUUUGG